CCUUUUUGCUCUUGUAUCGUGACCAUUGACCGGGAGAUCUCCCAGGAGACUAGUAACAACACGCAACAGAGUUGCUACUGUGCACGUAUCUGCGAGGAUUACGAUUCGCGGUCAAAGGAAUGUCUUGAUUUUUCGUCGAAAGGCGAGAAGAUGUGGACAAGAACCAUCGGAAAAAAUGGCUAAGGAGUCAAAUCUUGUGUUUGUAUGGCUUUUACUGUUGUGCUUCUUUGCGAGAUCAAGACCAGAGCAGAAUGAAUCAGUGCCAUGGUACAUUGGCUGUUACAAUAACAGGGAUGUCACUAAUGGCUACAUUAGUAAAGGCUCAUCCCACACAUCUGCUCAAAGGGAUCCUAUGACACCAGUGAACUGUGUCAGUCAGUGUGUUAACCGCUACCGUUAUGCUGCAGUAAGAAAUGGAAGUAUCUGUAUUUGCCUUAUGGAAAUAGACAAGAAUGCCACCACCAAUGAUAUUCACUGCAACACGAGUUGUCAUGGAGACAAAAGUAUCAAGUGUGGAGGAACAAAUGCAAGUAAUAUCUACUCAACAUCCGUCCCACUUCUUGAAUCAUUACAUAAUAUUCUUCCAAACCAAGCUGCGAAAGGCACCUUAGUCACUGUUACAUCAAUACUCUCUAUCAAAAGAUUGGCAGAUGAAGUCAGUGGUUUGAACAGAAUAAAACAAGGAAAUCAAACAGCUGACAACAUUUUUAUAACAUGGUCUGUUCAAGGAAAGGUUUACAAUGAUGCAAGAGUUCAUUUAACUGGAUAUUCAAUGAAUAUCUCAAAAGAUAUAAUAUUUCAACAGUAUGGCAGUCAGGAGGUUUGUGUUUUUGCACGUAACUUGUUCUCAUUCCAGCGGAAAUGCAGUCGUGUUGGGGUUUUGGUUCCAAUAACUGGCUUACAACUUGUCACUGUCUUUCAAGGAGGUAGCAAAGUGCCCAUCAGAUUUCCAUUAAUAAGAAGCUGUAAAUUGGUUUAUUUCAAAUUUAUGAUUGUUCAGGGGUCCUUCCCUGAAUUUAGAUUUGACUUUGGGGAUAGAACUGUUCCAUAUACUGCAACAGAUUCUUCACCAGAUCACAAUUCACAGGAUUACUCUUGUAUGACUGCUUCCCACAUCUUUAGAAGUUCAGGCAAUUUUACAAUCAAUGUCACAGUGUCAAACGCUAUUAGUCGGAAGUGUCAGACCUUUAAUGUUGUUGUGGAACCUUUUAAGGCAAGCAUUGAACUUGAGAAGAAUAGCAAGGAUUGUUUGCGUGUUGAAGUAAACAUGUCGUCAAUAUUAAAAGCCAGAAUCUUGGAUUUAGAGGGAUGUAGUGUUAUCUAUAAAUGGAAUUUUAAUGAUUCUUCCCCAAAUAUCACAACCUCAGUUCCACAGGUGUCUCACUCAUUCUCCCUUGCACAUCAGCGGUAUAAUGUGACAAUUGCUGCAUUCUAUGAUCGUGGUGUAAGUCAAACAGUGGAGCAGGUGUGCCCUAUUAAAAGACUGCAAGGCGUGAUAUUAAAACCCGAGAAGCCACAUGUAAUAUUGGGGACAGGUGAGGAAACAACAUUCACUGCAGAGGUAUUACCUGCAAUAGGACCAAAGGGAAAUGUCAAGAUCAGGUUUCACAGGAAUGACAGGGUCCAUGCACCAUUAGGCAAUCUUAUGCUUGCCAUAUUUUGGAAACCAGGAAGGUUUAUUGUGAAAGCUGAGGCAGAAAAUGAAGUCAGCUCUGUUUGGUCUAAUGAACUUUUGGUCUUUGUGUAUGAAGAAAUAUCUGGGCUUUCCAUCCAUCAUGACUCAACAGUGCUGUUAGGAAGGCCUUCCCGUUUGACCGCAAGUGUGAAGAAGGGGACUAAUGUUACCUUCUGUUGGGACUUUGAAGAUGGAUCAGUGAUAAAUACCACAUCAACAAGUAUUACUCACAACUACACAAGGGAAGGGGAGCACAGAAUCAACCUUGUUGCUUCUAAUCCGCUUAAUAAUCCAGAGGAAACAUCAAUCAUAGUCUAUGUGACCAAAUUACCAGCUUGUUACCCACCAGCUGUCACUUUGCUUGGACUUAAUAGUGGAAAGGUGUUUCGAUCAAAGGAGCUUCGUUUAGAGGCUGAUGUUGGUGUAAACUGCAGUAAGGCUGAUCAACUUAUUUACAUGUGGAAGGUAACUGCUGCAUCUGGUGCCCAAGAAGGAGGUACAGUUGAGCCAGAGGGAGUGAGUUUCACAAGGGGAGCACUUAUCCUUCCUCCUCAUCUGCUGGAUUAUGGAGAAUAUUAUUUCCAUCUUGAGGUUAGGGGAAAGAAUACAGGAUUAGCCUCAUUGACCAAAGUGAGGGUGACAGUUGUGAAGAGUCAUCUGGUGGCUGUGAUAAAAGGGGGCACUUAUGCAGUUGUUGCCUCUACACACGAAAAAAUUGUAAUGGAUGCAUCACCCUCUUAUGAUCCUGAUUUUCCAGAUGAGAGUCACCUACUAAGGUUUCACUGGAGUUGCCACCUGUUAAAAGACAAAGCCAAGUCAUGUUUCAAUGAUUCAAGGACACCUGUCUCAAUGAGCAGAAACCAGAGUGUUCUUAAGUUUCAAGUAGACUGGCUUUUGGAAGGCAACUCAUUUGACUCCUAUGAGUUUGUGGUCACAGUGGCAAAGGAUUCUAGAAAAGCCAAAGCCUCGAAGAUUCUACUCAUGAACCCUGGACGUGGACAUCUGUUGUCUACUGAUUGCCUUCAGUGUGACAAGGGUAUUGUGAAUCCCACUGCACCUCUCGUCAUUAUGGGCCUAUGCUCGUCAUGCCCCUCAAACAAUACCAACAUAACUUACGAGUGGUAUAUUUAUCACGUUCAACUUGGUGGCUCUGACCCGCCCGAGAGAGAGGAAGAAUGUUUUAGUGAGUCAAUAACCAAUCCAAUGAUUGACUCUGUUUUUCAUGGUACAGUAACGCCGUUGACCUCAAAACCUACUUUUUACCCUCUUAGAGGGUCAAGACCAACCAGUAAGCCAUUAACUUUCAAGAGAACUGCUGCUACAAGAUCACCGCCAAAAAGAUUUGGUCGUGGUCGUAUCUGUAUAGAUUCUAAUUUCUAUGGACCUUUCCCUGCCACUGAAACAACCAGACGGCCCACUUUGGGUGUAGGAAUUGGCACUGGUAGCAGUGCUGGCCUAAGCACUGGAAAGGGACUUGGAACAGGAAGUGGUGUUACAACAACCUCAACUAACGAUGUUGGAGGUGAUAACGAUGACAAAUAUGACAAUGAUGAAGUUGAUGAUUUAUAUAUUCCAACGUAUAUUCCACCAUCUGGAAAGCUUUCGGGAAGUUUUAUCAGUUUCAAGAAAAACUCGAUGAGACUUUUGGAAAAGCACACAACUACAGGCCUCAGGAGUAAAAAUUUUGUUGUUCUCGGUGACUAUUUUCCACCAGGUCAUAUGUACAUGGUGACUCUCAAGGUGAAUGAUCGUGACACCGGUCAGAAAGGAUUAGCGUCUAUCUACUUCAACACUAGUAAGACUCCAGAGUGUGAAACAUGCGUUGUAACACCUUCCAUCGGAGAAGCUUUGGAGACCGCGUUCCAGCUGACGUGUUCUGAAAAAUCUUCUAAGGCGUGGCCUACAAGUUACCGUAUUAGCUAUACUGUCGAUGGCCUUAGUAACGAGGAAGGGGAGAGAAUCCUGGUGUACUCCAGCUACAAAUCAGAGAUUCAGUUUGUUUUACCUCCUGGACUGGAAGCCUUUAAUCACACAGUUAAAAUCCAUGUGACAAUAGCCAGCGAUGAAGUACAGCGGAAUUUUUUACCCACGCAAGUGAGGGUGUUGCCUCUGAACAUGUCAGAGAAUGUUUCUAUAGAAGAAGUUUUGUUCAAUAAGACAGAUGGGAGGCUCUUGUCUCUGUUAGGUGACACAGGAGAUGAUCAAGGCAUCCGACAAUUCAUAACAGCUUUGGCUAAUUCCCUGAACAGGCUUGGAUCUGUCAAAAAUGUGAGCUCUAGAUAUAAAAUGAGGACGGAUAUCAGAGAAAAGCUAUUGCAACGCCUCUUGAAUAUCACUGGGAGUGACAAGAAUUCAGCCUUUCAGACAAGCCUAGCUCUACAGAUGCUGACAGCAAGACCAGAAGAGCUCACGGAGACCAGUGUGAAAUUGGCCUCGUUACUGCUGCAGCAUCUGAGUGAUAUGAUGCAGUCGGCUCACCAAAAGAUGCGUGGUAGAAGGAUCGAAGGCAGAUUUGUCCUCAGCGAAGAACUUAUCAAGGCGAUAACAAGAGUAACAUCGGACCUGAUUGAAGCAUCUUCACUACUAAUUCUCAGAACUAAAAGACCGCAUAUCAAAAAAGAGAUUAGAGAUGAUUUCCUACUAAAGGCAACUGAAGCGGCAGAGAAACUUGUCAAGGCUAGGUUGUCUGUGCAAGUUCUUGGGGAGAAGCCUCUUUUACUAAACUCGCCCAAAAUCCGCGUCAAUGCAAGUCAGAUAGCUUCCAUUGAUAAUACAAUCUUCUCUCACGCUGCUGUCAAAUUCCACGUGCCUGUGAAUCUCGAAAAACAUCUCGGAGGUGCAUCGGCUGCUGCCGGAGGGAGCUGUUAUGGGGCUGUGAUGACUGUGUACAAAGAAAAUCCCUUUUAUAGUGAAAUGCAUCACUCACAAGUUGGCAGCCUCAGCCUUACUGACUGCAAUGGAGAGGACAUCGAAGUGAGAAACCUUAGUCGUGGCAUUGACAUCUUUAUGCCUCAUGAACUUAACAAGACCACGCAACGCAUGGAAAAAUUUACUCUGCGAUGGAAGCAUGAAAAUAUUCAUGUCAUAAACGAAACCAAAAAGAUGUCUAACCAGGUGUUACAUGUUCAUCUUGAACCACUUUCCAAGCUGCCAGCUGGAUUUGCAGUCAAACUGAUUGUCAGCACAGCUAAACCUGGUUCAUCUGUACGAGAUCAAAACGAACUCACCGCUUCAAUUUCAGGGGAAGGCGGCGUGAACAUGAACAUACGUCAUGACCAGUUUAAAAACGGUUCAGAAUCUGUGUAUGUGAGGGUUGUCAUGGAAGACAGAGCAUACUAUCGGAUUAGAUCGAUAAAUAAGGGCCACAGUCUCACUUACCUAUUGAGUGUUCACUGGAUGGGCUGUUUCUACUGGAACAAGAUGGUGAAAGAGUGGUCCACUGAAGGCUGCAGAAUGAUAGAUCUUAACACACCGCAAAUGUUUCACUGCAGAUGUAACCAUCUUACUGCGUUCAGUGGAGCAUUUCUGUACCCACCAAACUCACUGACAGUAAAAGAUCUAACAGAUCCAGUCAGGUUGAAGCGGUCUCCAUUGGCGUUAGUUCUCGUCGUCGUCAUCUUAUUGCUGUACCUAGUUCUUAUUGGUUUUUGCAUACGAGCGGACAAACACGACAACAAGAAGGCACAGGCUGUGUAUAUCACGGAAAAUACCAGUGGGAAUAAUCCUAAAGCGCCAGCCAUCACUGAAAGGUUUCAGAUAACUCUGCAGACAGGUCAUUGGUUUGGGUCUGGAACAUCCGCUAAUGUUUUCCUUAUACUUUAUGGCGAUAACUGCGUAUCAGAUCCGAUUGAGUUGAAGUCCGAUAGAGACCAUCCUCUGUUUGAAAGAAGUUCCUGCGAUGUUUUUGUCGUGAGUUUUCCCGGAAGGAAAUUUAGGGACAUUUGUAAAAUUCACAUUUGGCAUGACAACUCGGGAGAUGAUCCGAGCUGGUUCUUAGAACAAGUUAUUAUCAAGGAUGUCAACCGAGGAGAUACAAGGGUUUUCAACUGUAACAGAUGGCUCGCUGUUGACGAGGCUGAUGGAAAGGUUGAGUGUGAGUUUAAGGAAACGACGAACCACUUAAACAGUUUUAAAAAGUGCUUCUUUGAACUCAGCGCGAAGAGCAUCUCGGACUAUCAUCUCUGGUUUUCUUUGUUUGGGCGGCCAUCUUAUAGCAGGUUUUCACGCGCGCAGCGGCUUACUUCUUGUAUGUCUUUGCUCCUGAGUUUUCUUUGUGCGAACAUUGCGUGGUACAGGCCUGAAAAACAGGUUAUGGAAGUAUUAGGACUUUUAGACAUAACCGGAGAGAGCCUUUGGAUUGGUGUCCUGUGCAGCUUAGUAGCAUUACCGCUCAACCUCCUGUGGAUCUUCCUUUUUAGAUACAGUCGACGAAAAUUUCGCCGCCAUGUGAAGGUUUAUCCGAUGUCCGAGCGUCAAACGGACUCCACAGAGCUUAUAACUUCAGUUCUUGACCAUUCGCUGGAAACUGUUGGCAUGUUGACCAAUAUAAGUGAGAGAAAAAGGUGGUUUCGGACCGUUUUUGAAUGGGAUGACGUCGACUCCGAUUCAUCGUCCUGCAUGUGCGGCUCUCAACUGAGCCUCGACCGAGAUUCAGACAGCAUCAGUCGGGGUUAUAAUUCGGGCCACGGUGGACUGAGCUCUUCUAAAAGACCUUUUCCUCCCCACGCCGACUUAUUGGAGACAUGCGACUUCCUCAGAGAGAUCGGACCAAGCCAUAGGAAGUCGCUGGACUUCGAGAAACGUAGCACGUACAGCGUGUCGUUGCUGUCUGAAGAUCGAGGAGUUUAUCAUUCCAGAUUCUCUCUACCGCAUGGCUGUAUUUACCUGGCGUGGUUUGGGUGUCUGUCCACUGCUUUUACUGCUGCGCUGUUCACUAUUUGGUAUGGAGUUAGUUUGGGAUGGGAUUUGUCUGUUCGUUGGUUGCAGUCGUUAUUUUUCUCUUUACUGGAGUCUUUUCUCAUCUCUCAGCCAUUUAUGGUUGUGAUCUUUAUAUUGUACAUGGCAUACAAGUCUAAUGCAAGGAAGGAAGACGAGGACAUUGAUGAAGGAUUUGAAGACUUGUCAUCUUCCGCUUUGCACGAUAUACACUACGGUCACAUUAAUCAAGGAUUCAAUGGAGCUGCGAGCGCAGAUGGCGAUGAUCUCCAUCCGGCGCUGGCUCUUCGCCGUAGACAACGGUAUCUCAAGUUUCUGAAGCCGCCAUCCAAGUCAAAACUGUCUGAAGCACGAAGUAAAUGCGCACGGAGCAAAGCUCUCAAGGACUAUACUGUAGAAGUGAUUGUGUCCAUUCUGUUCUUUCUUAUCACGUGCUUCCUGGUUUCGAGCAUCACAUGCCCGGAUGUGUAUCAUCUGAAUCAGUCGAUCAGAAAGGCAUUUUUCAGGCCGGGAGAAGGUGAUCCUGACAGUGUCAAGGCGGCUUGGGAGGGCAUGUCCGCAGCAUUUUAUGAGAACAAUGCUACGUCUCAUCACACACCGUUUACGAUCUUAUUACGUGACAGCCAGAGCCUUCUGUUUGGUCGAACAAUGAUCACGCAAUUCAAGACCACUAUGUCCAAGGCUUGUGACGGCAAUGCAAACACAACAGUGUGUCAUGUAACGUGUCACGAAAAGGAAGGCGCUUGGUUCAGCUUGGAACUCAACCAAACAAGCGAAGAGUCUGCAAAGCAGCUGAGAGGAAUCACGGAUUCGCAGUGGAUAAACAUCUGUACGCGCGAAGUGAAGGUGGAGUUUGCAGUGUACACGCCAUUUCUGCGUGCUAUCAGCGCUGCCACUCUGUCGGUGAAAGCAUCGUAUACUGGGAAGCCAUUAUGUCGACUGGAGUUAAACACCUUCCCAGUGUUUUUCAAAUCAACAGGACAAGGCUUCUUUGUGAGGAUUUGCAAGCUUCUGUUUGUUUUUCUAUUUCUUUAUCUCCUCCAACAUGAGUUUUUCUUGGCCAAGAAGAUGUCAGCUAAGUACUUUAGGAGCUUCUGGCGGCUGACGCAGCUUUUGGCAGUAGCUAGCGCAAGCUUGUCCAUGGUGUUGUACAUCCGCUGGUCGGUGAAUUUGUACGCCCUGUUACGAGAAGUCCAAACAGCUAGUCAAACAGACGUGUUCCAUUACGCCAAGAUGGUUUCGUCGAGUCAGGAAGCUCUGCAAGCAUUAUAUUCUCUUCUGUUAUUCUUCAUCAUCGUUCGCUCUUUGCAUAUGCUGAGACCUUUUCGAACCAUGGUCCGUCUCAGUAAAUACUUCGCUUCCGUCGUGCGUCCUCUGGCAGCCUGUUCGGUUGGGAUCAUAAUCUUAAUUAUGGCGUUUGUUCAUACGGGACAUCUUUUGUUUGGUGGCCUUCACACUAUGUUCAAGUCGUUUGGAGACACGUUCUUGCUGGUCAGCAAUUUCUUUCGUUUGGAAGGCGUGAAUCAUUACCAAGGCCCGGCGGUUGAAGAGCGACCUGUGCUGAUUUUGUUUUACUUUGCUGUCUUCGUGGUCGGAUUCUAUACUAUUAUGAGGGGAGCGAGUGCCACUGUGUUCCUGUACAGGGUACCGCACUACAAGAAAAAACGGCACAAGAAACUUGCAGUUGAGGAAUUCUUUCGGAGCAAAAUGCAGCUACUUAGGGAAAAACUAAAGAGAAGAGAAAGUGAUGCAUCAUUUUAUCCAGAUGAAGAGGAGGAAGACGAGAAAGAUGAAGGAGAAGAAGAGUUAGAGGAAUACGAGAAAGAUGCUCCCUUCCCUAUGGAGCACGUGUUGGAUGAAGUCCAAGUUCAAUUUGAAGAGUUAUCGCUUCGCAUGGGCAACUUAAUGGGUUCAGAAGUGUUCGACAAUAGCGAACGUUUUAAAGAUGACUUCCUGUCAGGCACAGAUAGCGAUGAAGAUGUGGAGUAUCUUUACCAAGCAGAGCCACGACCCGUUCCGUCUGCGAUCAGCGGCAGUGGAUAUGAAAGUGACCAUAGCAACAUGUCCGCGGCCAGGUGGAAUUUGUCGAGUUCCAGUUGUUAUGAUUUAGCGGAUUGUCAUGGCCCAAAUGAACCAAGGUCUGGACUGGUAAGGGGAACUAGUGCCAUUCCGGUAAUGUUUACUUCGGGUGGAUGUAAAGCUAGUCCCAGCCUACGGAAAAUCACUGCUUAUUCCGAAGAGGAAACAUCUAGGUUUCAAGGCAACAGUAACCCUUCUUGUUCAAGCAGCUAUGAUAUGUGCAGAAGCAAUCCGUCUUUUACUUUACGUGACGAUGGUCUUCGUGAAGGUGCUCUGCUUAAUACAAGGCUGCGUGAUGGUGUGUUACGUGGCGGUUUCUUAUUUGACGGCGUGUGGCAUGUUGGUGGCUUGCACGACUCUUCCUCGCGGGGCAACGAUCCUCGUGAUAGACCAGAUGUUGAGAGUGCAGCACAGUCAGACGGGGCUUUCAGUCGAGAUCAAUCGUUCUACUCAACUCAUGUCGUGCGCCCUGAAACUGAACCCAUUAUGCCCAAGAACGUGUAUUCCAUGGCACGCACCCAUGGAAGACGUUGCCGUGAGGCGCUGUCUCUUCAUCCGUGCGCCGACGUUGAUUGCAGCACGACAGAGGUAGCUACUAGCAGCGCCUCUGAACUAGAAAUGGGUAGGAAAGACAAGAAGUCUCGACGCCGCAAGAGUAAAGCCCUUUUCAGAAGCUCUGCAGUGUAUCCUGGCGAGGAGGGGUUGUCGUUGGGCCCAAAUCCACCCGUCCGAGGGCGGGAAGCUCAUUCGACAGACUCCCCGCACCUAAGGACCAAAUCACCUGUGCAUGCCGCUUGGGGCUUAGCUCCGUCAGCUUCUGAACGGGGUUUCGUAAAGAGCCCAGCUUCUCACGCUUAUGAAGACUCUAGGCUCCACGCAGCUGCACAGAUCCUUGUGCCGUCAUCACCAGAACGAGGUUUUGUUGCAGACCCGUGCCAUGAGGCCCUAGAAGACUCAGAUUCAAUAAUAUCUGCUAGGGAACUGGACUCGACUGCUUCCCCAGACCCUUACGUUCCAGAGGGGCCACUGAAAGGAAUUUUAGGUGAUAUAAGUAUGAACAGACCACUUGGUACUGAAAUAUUUCAAGACGAUUCCCCGUCGCUUUCCACAGCAGGCGAGAAAUACAAAAUUAGAUAAGGAUAUAUCAAUUAUAUAUAAAGUUUUAUAAACACUUUAGAUGGACUUCGUCAUGUGCUUCACCUCGCACUCUGACUUUUAAGGUAGUAACGAGUCUCUUAUUGUCUUUUUGUAUGGCUAAAGGGGCAUGCC